UCCAUUCGUUGGACCCUCCUCGCGUGCCAUGACGAUGUUCUUCCUUACGCUGUUCCUAUUGGCGGAAUCGGCGGAGCACUGCGAAAACUGUGAGUCUACAGCCUUCCUGCUAUACCGAGAGGUGACUCACGGCUUGGAUCUGAUGACGACGAACACAACGAAAAGGAAUUGCGAGAAAUGCGUUUGCGAAUUUCUCGAUAGCAUCACACAGUGCGGCAGCUAUGAAGUUGACAAGGAUAUCGCGGAGUGCGAAUUGGAAGAGACGAAAUGCGGUUGGGAGAUAUUCAAACAUGGUCUGAAGUGCAUCUUGAAGCCGCAGAAAUGCAAGAAGUACGUUUGUAAGACUACCUGCAAAGUGGGGAAGAGCUGCUUCAAGAGGAUGCCUUUCGACCAGUGCCUAGAUGAGCUCGGACACAGCACCUCUGUGAAAACUGCCGUGAACGCCUUGAAGACGGCCAAGACCUUCAUUGUCAAAGACUUGAAACGAGAUGUGCUGCGUGGGCUGACGAGCGUAGGGAACGACUUGCUAGAGUUUCUCACUGGCACCUUCCCUAGAGAGAUUCAAACGCUUAUGGACAAGUUCAACGUCCUUGACAUGGCCAACUCAUUCCAGAAGAUGGUCAUCCAUAUUGUUGAGGAUUGCUAUGAUGGAUUGAUGUCCUUCUUCAAGAAGGUGAAGAAGAUCUUCAAAAAAGCCACGAAUGGUCCCUUAAAGCUUCCUCGGAACAAAGAUGGAGAGUACUGCGCGUUGAAGUGGGACAUGACGAUGUUCACCUACACGGACUGUGGCUUCUUUGAUGCUUGGGACAAGCUGCACUCACAUGUGUCAAAGCCCUACGACCACAACAUGUGGUCCACCUUUAAGAAGGACUUUGAGAGGAUGACUCGAGCUCUGGCAAACUGUGCCGUGCUGACGACGAAGAUCCCUAUCUGGAAGGACCUUGUGUUAACCAGGCUCACGCCCUUUCGGACGUUGCAAGAGAUGGACUUCUGUAUGCCAAAGCACAUCGCCGACGCGGCGGAGACCACAAUCAAUGCCUUGAUCUAUGCCAAGGAGCACACCUCGGACGUCUUCGAUGAGGUUAACACGGCGUUAAAGAAGCUUGAAGACUAUGCCACAGAGCUUCUCUCCAAGGACUUGCCCCUCUUCAAGCGUGGCAAUGUAAGCUUGUUCGAGAUGAAGAAGGUGUCUGCGAAAAAGGGCAUACGAGGAUUGGAGGAGUCCUUUAUGUGCAGCAACAAAAGCGCUUUAGGCAGGAACUAUGCCCUGAGCCUGCGGAUACAGGCAAAGUUGGGCCAGAUCGUCAAGAUCAAGAAAGUGGCCAUCUCGCAGUCGCACGCCAUUGGUUUUGGCAUCUACUUCGGCUGCCAGAAUUUGAAGUUCAAGGUUACGCGCUUCUUGAGCAUCCGCUGGUUGUCCGAGGGUAUUGGCUUUCCCAACAAGGACGAGGACAAAGCCAAGGUCGCAGCUGAAAUUCAGUUUAAGUGGUACCAUUCGGAAUUCCCAUGCUUCCCGGUCGUGCCGCUCAAGACGGAGGCAUCAUUCCGAGUGAAAUUGGGGCCCAAAUUUGACGCGGGAAAAGUCAAUCUGCGCACCUCCGUGACCUAUACAGUGCAGGACCUCUUGUCCUUUGAGCAGAAAGACACCUGGCCGCGUCGACGCGUUGGUCUCCCGGGUGAUAUGGGUGAUACAAAUUCGAGGAUGAAAUGAGUUGCCUGUGGGGGUUCCUUCCAGCUAAGGCGUCAGGCACUAACCAUAUGCAUCCCCCGAUGAUAAACUACAUGAAGGCUCGGUUAACGGCUCGGUUAACCUGUGUACAACCAUUUUUCAGUCAUGGAAGUUGCCAAUCUUUUGAAAACCUGCGCUCAUCGUUCGUGUUCAAUGACAGACGUCAUCUCGAAUGGCUUCCCCGCUACAGACUACAGGGCCGGUUGAAUUCAAGCUUGGUGCCCAGUGAGGUGGUGAUAGCUCGCCACUUUGCAAGGAUGUUCUCAAUUCUUUCUUAAGAUGUGUCCGCCCAUUUCUAUUCAUUUGUCUCCCGGGUGAUUUCUUUACUUUCCCAAACAGGUUACUGUUAGGGGUCCUCAAUGCUUUCUAGGUCACUGUGUCCGCCUUGUCUCCCUUCUGUUUCCUUUUGUCUCCCUUCUUGUCUCCCUUCUUGUUGCGCGCUGCCAACUGCCUUGCAAUCCUUUCCAUUUGUCUGCCAGCUCUGGACUGCUGUGUUGCAGUCCUUUACAUGUCUCCCAGCUCCGGACUGCUGUGUCCGCCACUUGCGAGCAAUCCUUGACAUUUGUCUCCCAGCUCUGGGCUGCUGUGUCCGCCUCUGCCUUGCAAUCCUUUACAUGCGCCCUCUCGCUUGCAACACUUCACAUUUG